AUGAUUCCUCACGCUGGAGCCGGUGACCUGAGCUCAUGUGAAGCUCUUUUAACCAGAAAGCUUCAGAAUCUUGAGCUACAGGAUAAAGAUGCGGCCCGUCCGGCGCUGGACCCGUCGUGUUUACUGACCCCCCCGAACACGCCACAGAACCUGGAGCUGACGGACUCGGACACGGAUUCACACCAGCACACCUCCACAGUCAGACCGGAGGAAGGUGAGAGUGAGGAGGGUGAUGUGUUUGUGCUGGAGCUGCAGAGGGCAGCGUGUGGUUUGGGUCUGAUGCUGGAUGGAGAGGAAAGCCCAUCUACUGUGAGCGGGAUUUACAUCCGAUCAGUGCUUCCAGACUCUCCUGCCGCUUUAUCCCAGAGGCUGAGAGCCGGCGACCGAAUCCUAGCAGUGAAUGGACUGAGUCUGUCCGGAGUCGACUAUCAGACUGGCCGGGAUCUCAUUCAGAUGUCAGGAGAAAGGCCUCGGCUGCUGGUUGCCAGAUCUCACAAUGCUACGAAAGAAACAAGGACAAAGCCUUCUGCAUAAACCCUAGUGUUUAAAAACUCUGCUUUUACCCUUAAAUAGAGAUGCAUAAAGAGUGGACAAAACAAAAUGACAAACAACUUUUAUAACAUAUGCUUUUAUAUGUACAGGUUGCUUUUUGCCAUUUUUAAUUGUGUGAUCUUUGCAUUUUAUGAUUAAAAAAUAUGGAAAUGAUUAGAAUAAUUAAUGUAGAUGUUAUGUGCUGCUUUUUUAAUUUAUUGCAUAAUGUAUGAAAUGAAUGGUUGGCUGCAGAGUUUUAGUUUGACUAACUGAACGUCAUUCAUUUCUCAUGAUAAACUCAGAUAUCGUUUUAUACAGCUCUUUAUUAUACAUGCAUAACACAGUCCACAUAUAAAACAUGCAAUAUAUGCUUACAGCACCGUUUCGUGUUUCUGGAAUAAGUCUCUUCUCCUCACCAAGGCUACAUUUAUUUGGUCAGAAAUAAAGUAAAUAUUAUGAAAUUACAA